AGAACCCUCCCGCAAUCGACGCUCCGCUCGCCUCCCCACCCCACCCCGCUCCCCCCCCGCGCCGCUGAUGCCGCCCUCCAACCGCCCCUCGCCGCACGCCGUGACGGAGGACGACGGCGCCGACAGCCCGGCGGCCUCCGGCCUGCGCGCCACCCCGCCUCGCCCCAACAAUCGCUCCUCCCGCGCCAAGUCCAGCAGCCGCCGCCGCCGCCGCUCGCCCAACCCUAACCCUAGGCCGCGCCCGGACUACUACGGCACGGAGCCGUCCCGCAAGAGCGAGCGCAAGCGCAAGCCGCGCUCCUUCCCGGACGCCGCCCUGCUCUCGCGCGCCCUCCUCCCGCGCGCCUCCCCGUCCCGCGCCGCCGGCGCCGGCGGGGGCGGCAACGUCCAGCUCUGGACCGACGCCGACGAGCUCGCGCUGCUCUCGGGCGCGGUCGCCUUCCGGGCGGGCAGCGGCCGGGCGCCGCGCCUCCCGGACACUCCCCACGGGCGACCUGGGUGCCACUGUGCCAGCCCUAGCCGUUGGGAGCAGCUCCACCUCCACCCUCCUCCCUCGCCGCCGCCGCCGGGCAAAGCCCGCGCCGUGGGCGGCGGCGGGAUCUCCUUCCCCGCUCGUGAGGCGGGCUGCGCUAGGCACUUCAUCGAACGGAGGCAGGGGCCGGCGCCUGACUUUGGCGCAGGACGGCGCUGCUUUGGCGAGGAGGUGCAGGGCGUGGCUGAGGCGCGGGGAUCGCUGCGGUGGGGCCUGAUCUGGGCUUCGGCGGGUCUGCGUCCGGGGCGACGUCGUCGCGGCCUGGGCUCCAGCCGGAGUGGCAGUUGGCGGCCGGAUUUGCUGCCUCCUGCAGCGGUCUGGCCGGGACGAGCAACUCCGGCGAGUGGUGGGCGUUUGGUGGUCGGCAAGGAGGUCCCCUGCUCGGCUGGUCGCGCCUUCUGCUGCGAGAAGGUGGUGUAUCAAGUUAUAAAAGUCAGGUUCCCCUGGUUAGUUUUUGCGGGGACUGCUCUUCUUUCUGCAACCGGUAAUACACGAUUAGUAGAGAUAAUUUACAAGGGCUUAUGGAUCAACAAUGUAGCUACAUGAAUAAACAAUCCCGGAUUACUCUUUUAGAAAAUUUCAGAAUCUAAUUGUGCCUGUAUUCUAAGAGGCAUACUAAAGUGUUACCAAAAACUAGCAAGGGAAAAUUAGGCGGUGGUGGAGGCCGUUAGGUGUCGCUGGCGGUAGGAGAAGAUGAUUUGGAGGCGCUCCAUCGGCGUGAGGAUUGAGCGUUGAGGCAAAGAGAGCCAGUGAAUCUUGUCGACCCUUUCUUUAUCUCUCUACAGUACAAGAUUUUUCUACAUCUGCCAGCGCUGAGGCAAAGAUUUUGUAAGGCCAUCACAUCGCUUGCGGGGUGAGGCUUUAUUAUCUAUAUCUUUUUUUAAAUCUAAUACAUGUUUAUUGAUUUACUUCUACAAAUUGUAGUGAAAAGUGUAUAACUCUUUGCCUAUUAAAUGGAGACUCUAAUAUAUAUUGAUUUAACUACUAACAGAUUAAAUAUGCACCAUGCCAACAUAUGUAUUAUUAAAGUUUUGGCAUGAUUUACUAAAAUAUAGUUCUGCGGUAAAAUCUGUAUCAAUAUGGGCUUUGUUGGGCCAUCAAAUUAUUUCUUGCCAAGAAGUGUUAUUGGCAUGUUGAAUAUACAUGCUCACAUAACAUUUUCUACCUGGUAGCUGUCAAAUGGUUAAAGAUUAUAAGAUUUCAGUGUUUACCCAUUUGAAAAACAAAGCUGCCAAAUAUUGUUGUAUACAUGGUAAUAGUAAAAGUAGUCGAUAGAUAGUGAAGAGUAUAUUUAGACCACAACCGCUCUCAUGCACCCGUUACACUUCAAUCUUAGAAAUCAUCUCAUGUUUGCUGGAUAUAAAGACCCGUUAGCAGGCCGGGUUAAUCUAAGCCUCAUCAUUGCAGAAGUCGUGGUACCUCAAUGCACAACAAUGUUAUCUUCUAAUUGCGUUCGGUAUUAUCAUGAUGUGGUACAUUAUGAUAUCUUUAAUUUAUUUUGAAUUUUUAUAGUGAGAUGUGAAUUAUAUAUCUUCAUUGAGAAAUGAAAUUUAAGGACCCGUGGCAACGCACGGGCAUUAUUACUAGUAUAUAAUGAAAUUUGAAUGAAAACCUUUGUUUCCGUGCACUUUUAUUUAUGGGUGUGUUUUUUGGGGCGUGUCCCCCCAAAGGCUUAAUCCGGCGUCCUUUGAGAGGCGAUUUGAAGGAUGAAGAUAAUCUUAGACAGGGAUUCGACGUCGCCCGGUAGCCUACAUGGUGUUCCCCGAGUCGCAGCUCCAACCCGGCCAGCGCCUCAAGGGAGCCGGCAAGGACAGCGCCUCAAGGGAGAAAGAAGAAAGAAGAGGAUGGAGUUUUGAUGAAGCUGGUAUAUGUAUUUUUUUUUCUUGAAUGAUGAGCAGAGUUUUGAUGGAGCUGGUAUAUUGAUUAUUUGAUGAGUGACGUGAAUAUUUUCGACAAUUUUAGUAGUGGAUGAAGUGACUGUUAGCAGUAAAUGAUAUUUCUUGGAAAAAUCCCAGUAUUCAUAGGUUUUGUACAUGAGCAUGCAGUUGGGCAGAGAGAAAUUAAGAAA